AUGAGUCAGUGUUUACGUGGUUUUCAUCAUCCACUUGAAUCCAAAGUAAGAGCGUGUAUUUCUUGUUGCAUGGACAAAAAGCCUACAAUGAGGUUACAAAGCGCUACAGACGAGUGUCAAAGAUUAGUGAACUUAAAGAAUAACACAAAAAGAUUGAAAGUAUUUAAUUCUUCUGCAGCUGAUCCCAUAAAUUUAGAUGAAUCUAAUUAUAAUCCUUCACAAACUUCAAUUCUUGAGACAGUCAAGAAGCCUCCCAACAGUUAUCAGUUCAGUGCAGGAUAG